GAUGCGGACACGCGCACUAGUAGACGUGGCGGUGACGUCAACAUCCGGGGAGUGAACCGGAGCGAAUCCCCAAACACCGAUACGGGAGAUUCUGGUUAUAUAGAGCGAAGCAAGGAUUUACCGGUGAUAUGGUGGAACCUUCAUGAUCACACAUCGCCCCUACGGUCCUUAUACUAGUGAGCAGGGGGUGUAUCUUGGGGCCUCCGACUAAUUUGCAACUGAUCCAUCUGCAAGACACACCCACCCCGGCCGCCGCCCCACUGCCUAACACCAGCACCAUGUCUUGCCGGGAUAGGACUCAAGAGUUCCUCUCUGCAUGCAAGUCCCUGCAGGGCCGACAGAAUGGGAUCCAGACGAAUAAGCCAGCUCUCAGUGUCAUCAAGCAACGCAGUGACUUCACACUGAUGGCUAAGAGAAUUGGAAAAGACUUGAGUAACACUUUUGCCAAACUGGAAAAGCUUACUAUACUUGCCAAAAGGAAAUCUUUGUUUGAUGACAAAGCUGUGGAGAUUGAGGAGUUGACAUAUAUCAUUAAACAGGAUAUCAACAGCUUGAAUAAGCAGAUAGCACAGCUGCAGCAGUUGGGGCUGUCUCGGACCGGCCAGGAAGGCAAACACGUGCAGACGCAUUCCAACAGCAUCGUCGUGUCAUUGCAGUCAAAGCUUGCGUCUAUGUCGAACGACUUUAAAUCAGUACUGGAAGUCAGAACAGAGAACCUGAAGCAGCAGCGCAGCCGGCGGGACCAGUUCUCUCAGGCUCCCAUCUCUGCUUCCGCUUUACAUGCCGCCAACUUCAAGAGUUCAGUGUUGAUGCAGGAUGAAUCGAGAAGAUCGAAUGAGGUCUCCAUAGACAUGGACCCCCGUGCCAGUCAGCAGCUUCAGCUCAUAGAUGAACAGGACUCGUAUAUCCAGAGCCGAGCUGACACCAUGCAGAACAUCGAGUCCACCAUUGUAGAACUGGGCUCCAUCUUCCAGCAGCUGGCACACAUGGUCAAGGAGCAGGAGGAGAUGGUGCAGAGAAUUGAUGCUAAUGUAGAAGACAGUCAGCUCAACGUGGAGGCUGCCCACGCAGAGAUCCUCAAGUACUUCCAGUCCGUCUCCUCCAACCGCUGGCUGCUGAUCAAGAUUUUCUUCAUCCUGAUGGUGUUCUUUAUUGUUUUUGUCGUCUUCCUCGCCUGAAGAAGGAUCGGGUGGUGGAGAGAAGUGUUGGGUGGGGGGAUGGUUGGGGGGUCACACAUACCAGAGGGAGAGAGGAGCGAAAGGGGGAAGAUGAGAGUGUGGGCAGCUCUUAUGAGGGUGUGUGAAAGUAACAGGGAGUGAGAAUGAUGAAGCCUCUUUAGCUUAUGAAGGGUUUUGGACACAAGGGAACUUUCUGUACGUUGACGAACUUCUCUUUUGUGGCUAAUGAUCUCUACCUUCUCUCUGAGGGUGAACACUUUGAAAGCUGCUGUUUUUGGGGAAACUGGCCAAGCUGUUUUUGAUUUUAUUUUUAUUUAUCGUUACGUGACUUUUUAGAGUUUUCAUAUACCAUUGGCGACCUUUAGAAAGUGACCCCCCCAUAAUAAAUUGUAAGGUUUAUACAUAACCUUCACAAUGACAUAAGUAAUUCUUCCUCUAAAAUAGGAAGUUUUUCAUAAGGGACAUUGGGUUAUGAAAUUCUGUGUGCGUAGCACUCAGACGUAUAUUUAUACUUUUUUCUUGCCCUUUUGAAAAGUGAUCUUCCCCUAAUAGAUAUUAGGAUUUACACAUAACAUUUACAGCGACAUAAGCAAUUCUUCCAAAGGUCCCAUAUUUAAGGUUUUCAUAAGGAACACAGGAUUCUGAAAUAUUAUUUGUGUAACACUCCAAUAUAUUGGCACUUUUUUGUAUUUAUUCAUUUUCCAAAUGUGGCAGUGGUGAAAAUAUCUACAAUUUCUUUAUAUAUAUCUUGGGGUCAUCUUUGACGUAUAAAGUUUGGUGGUGUAUCCCAUACAACUCAAGACAGAAGCUCGUAGUUUUUCCAAAAUGGAGAAAUGCAUGUGGAGUGAUUUACCCAAAUCCAGGAGUGUGAUGAUCUGCCAUCGUCUCCCUUGUUCAUUUUUAUGAACAUUUUCAAAGCUUGUAAAUCCAUUUUUGCUCAUUGGUUUGUCUUGAGUUAAAAACAAUGUAAUAAUUAUUUUGUUUAGUGCUGUCAGGUAGUUGACAUGACCUUUGUCGUUUUAUUUAUGAAGGCCUGUUACUGAACUUGCUCCCAGCAUUUGAAUUAUUUAAAGUUACUAUUGUAACUUAAAUUAGACAUUUUUCAAUAGAGGAACAUUCCUGCUUUGUAGAAAGACUGAGGAAAAGACAGAAGAUGAGUAGAGAGAGCGAACUGGCAUUAUAUCUGCAGUGAUGGCUCUCUUUGCACACAUCUUAGCCUGCAUCCUGACUCUCACCUGUAUCUUUACAUGUGACUGAAGAGUGGUACAUAGUGGUUCUUUGUUACUUAGCAACUUCCUCAGCUAAUCAUAAUGGCUUCAGAGUGUGGCAGUGGGUUCCGAAGCCACCAUCAACCUGCCAUUUUAAGCAGUUAACUGAAAAACCAGAGCUUUACAAAAGCCACUUCUGUGACAUUGUCAGGAUUUAGAUGAGGGGCAGACGAGGGGCCUAAUGCAUCACCACCCCAGACAGUUGCCUAAAAUUAACAUACUUUUAAAAUACUUCAAAUGUGAAGCUGAUGUAUGUCCAUUUUUAAGCCUUAUGUAUUCCUAUACAGGAUGACUCUUGUGUAUCUGAUCUUUUCCUCAGUUUGUAUACGUGCAACACUGUAAGCUUUCGUUAACCGUUACUGUGUGUCUGUGGCACUUGGUACUCUUAUGAACUCUGAAGCAAAGGGAAAGAUUGUCAUGGAUACAGCAGUUUGGGAAGCGGGAGAUAUCCUGGAUGAUUUUUAAUAAUUAGUCCCUCCCCUUCCUCUGUUGGAACAGUCCAUGCCCUUAGCUGAAAUGUACAUAAUGCAGAAUGUCACAUUUUGAAGACUGUAAGCUAAUUUGUAUAUAUAUUUGGUGGGUGGUACAGGGUUAGUUGCAGAAUAAGUGUGAAUGAUGGAGAAAAGUGUGGAGGCCAAAUGAAGGGAGGGAAGGAGUUACUCAUUUGGAUAUAUAGUGGUAAAUAUGUUGUGUAAAUUUCUUGACUGUGUCAGACCUUGGAGAAGUUACUCAAGAGACAUCUUUAACCCAAGACUGAAGGGCAACAAUGUGUCUGGAUGCAUAACUGCUAAUCACUUUUCUGGAUCUUUCUAGGUCACCCUCCUGUCAUUUUUUAAUUUCUACCUCUCCCUCUGUGAAGAACAACUGUGAAUUAAACCAGUGUUUCCCAACCCGAUCCCCGGGAAACCCCAGACAGUCCACGAUUUUGCUCUCUACUGGGAGCUAGGAUGAAGUAAAAAGGUGGACCGUCUGGGGGUCUCCAAGGACCGGCUUGGGAAAUGCUGCAUUAAAGAACAGCAUAAUAUUACAGGAGGGUUUUUUGUGUAAGUAAUGACUGUCUUUUUAUCACACCUCUCCUGUUUGACUCUAGCUCAUGCUUGUAGUGUACAAACUACAGAUAACUAUUAAAAACAUGUAAAUAUUAAAAUGAGCUGGAAUAUG